AUGGACGAUCGCCCCGACGACCUCGUCAAAGGCCGCGCCAAUGACUUUAUCGAUCAUCCAGCCGAUGACGCCGUCCAAACUGCCCCGGAUGGCUAUGUGGUCGAAGGCCCUAUGCCAGAAGGCGAGGGAGACAAACUCUUCGCCUGUCCUCAUCAAACUUGUGACGGCUUCACCUUCGAAACCAUCGAAGAAUGCCGCAUACAUGAUGACGAGUGGCACAACCCGCCAUACUGUUGCUCAGACUGCGGCGCCAACUUUGCAGCUCGACCGGCCCUCAAGCGACACUUCAAGUGUAGUGGUCACUUCAACUGGAUUUGUCUCGAAGAAACUUGCGAAAUGAAAGGCACUCUGUUUGCGAACCAGGCCGAGUUUGUCUCUCACGCGCUCAACACUCCCGGUCAUGAGCAUUUUUUCCCGGAAGAGGCUCUUCAGAGUCCAGGCUCGGCAAAGCGCGUCAACUACGCCGAAGUCAUCAGUCUCAUGGACGGCGAGACCACAGAAGACGAUCUGUCCGAAGAAGAGGGUCAGAUGUGCUCCGAGGCCUCCUGUCGCCGGUACCAACACAUCUUUUACACGGAACCCGACUUUGUUCGACAUGUCGAGUCGCAUGGGCACACCCACGCAAUGAAAUACUCCGAGUCACUUCGCGACUCGGGGAAAUCAAUUGCCGACAUCACGAGGGAGCAAGAAGCUGCAAGGGAGUUUCGCUGCACUGCUGAGCACUGCGCCUAUUUCGGGGAGAAGCUCAAAACCAGCCAGAGCUACUAUCACCAUAUUGCGACUGCCCAGCACUUGCAUCCGCGCCUUGUUGACUCGAAUCCGGCUUCACCGACCGCAGAGAUUCGAAUGAAACUCGCACAGACACAGAUCAGCCUGACUUGUGACGAACCCGAUUGUCCAAAAUUUCAACAUUCUUUCUCCAACAGAGGCAAUCACACCAAGCACCAUGCCUCCAUUGCCCAUAUAAAAGCAAUUGAAUAUGGAAAGCUGAAGAGAGCGAUGGCCGAGCCUGCUGAAGGAGGCCAAGGCAAUGCGAAAGCCCAGACGCCAGAGCCGAAGACGCCGACUGCUAAAUUUGCACCACCGACGACGCCUCAGAUCUGGAGUCGCAGCUUAUUUACGCCUAUAAGCCCGACGACGAGCACUUUUCGCACUCCCGUCCGAUUCGUCACUCCGACCAAGCGACCGUUACAGGAUGUUGUGAUGAUGACGCCGCCACCAUCCUCACGACGCGAAGAAUCGUUGAAGAAGAGGAACCGAGAGCUGGAAGAGGAGCUGAGGGAGAUGAAGGAGAAGAUGGAGCGAAUGCGGAAUGCCUAUCAAGAGCAGAUCAGCUCCUUGUUUCAGACUCUGGGAGAGACACGGAGCCGAAGUGUGCGGUAUGACUGA